UUUGGAGACUGCACGGAAACAGGUUAGCACUGGCUGAAAGGUCAUUUCUGUAGAAGGCUGCAGUCUGCGACAUACCACCUCAUUCCCAGUUUUCUCUGGUCGGAGUCUACAGCGAAGACUUUUUUAAUUUGACACUUAUUUAAAAAACGACAUUUGUGUCGGUUUCCUUCGAAGGUCAGCGCCGCAUUUCUGUUUGGGUGCAAUUUAAGGGGGAUUUAUUCACACGCCUUAAUUUAUCACCCGUCUUCCUUCAUGCGCUGCUGAGACCAGGAGAGCUGAAGAUGAAGUGUGGGCUCUCUCUGGCAGCGGUUGUUGCCCUCCUGGCACUGCUGCUGUCCUCCUCUCAGGCCCAGCAGCAAGACACUCAGUGUAACACUACAGUGAAGGCCGACAUCAUGAUGCUAGUCGACGGCUCCUGGAGCAUUGGGCGCCAUAACUUUAAAACCAUGCGGAACUUCAUCGCUCGCAUGGUCAGCGUGUUUGACAUCGGCCCAGACAGAGUCCAGAUCGGUCUGGCUCAGUACAGCGGUGACCCAAAGACUGAAUGGCACCUGAAUGCCCACUCCACCAAAGAAUCUCUGCUGAAUGCUGUUGCCAACUUCCCAUAUAAAGGAGGAAACACCAUGACAGGAAUGGCUCUGAACCAUAUUCUCCAGUACAACUUCAAACCCAACGUGGGGUUGCGUCCAGACUCCCACAAAAUCGGCAUCCUGAUCACUGAUGGAAAGUCCCAGGAUGAAGUCAUCUUAACUUCACAGAACCUGAGAGACAGCGGCAUCGAGCUCUACUCUAUUGGUGUAAAAAACGCUGAUGAGAAUGAGCUGAGGUCCAUCGCCUCUGACCCAGAUGACAUUCACAUGUACAACGUCUACGACUUCAAGUUCCUGGUGGACAUCAUUGACGAACUCUCUGUCAACCUGUGUAACAGUGUUAAGGGCUCAGGUCAUACUCUAGAGGCGCCCACCAAUCUGGUGACCUCAGAGGUGACAGAGAGCUCCUUUCGUGCCACCUGGACUCCACCCAAUGGCACCGUGGAGAAAUACCAUGUCACUUACAUGAUGACAGCUGGGGAACGCAUUGAGGAGCUGCUAGUCAAUGGAUCGGUGAGCACUGUAGUGCUAGAAAAUCUAAACCCUCUGACUGAGUACGUCAUCAAUGUUUACGCUGUGAUUGGCAAGCGGAGCAGCGAGCCUCUCAGGGGCACCGAGACCACCCGAGAUGGAUAGGUGCCAUUUGAGCUGGUGGAGGCGUCAUUCAGAAGGAAGUUUAACUCCUCUGCUUCAGCUGUAUGGUUCCACUUCCCCAAAACCAGUCAGCCACUUAAAAAUACUCCAUCUGUGUCGGACUACGCGUUUUCUGUUGUGGCAUUUUAAAACACAUUUAUAAAUGUGACCACAUUACAGUUCUUGUACUCUCUCUCUGUUGACCUGAGGAUCAAUAAAAACAACAUGGCUCUCAUGAUCAACAAA